AUGGGCGAGGCACCACCACCACAGGAGCAUGUGCUUAUUGCUAUCCAGCAGGAAAUGCCUGAGCCAGUCGAGCUAUGGGUUCGUGGGAAAUUUGCAGAUGCAGAAGUAACAAUUCAUAAUUCUUCCAAGGGGAAGGUUCCAUCUGAGUUAUUCCGCAGAGCAACAAUCCUGGUGACAUUUGUUGAUGUCCCUGAAAUAGAGGAUUCACACAAUCUCAAAUUGAUACAUACCCUGUCUGCGGGUCUGGAUCAUCUCGUCAACAACCCAGUCCUUAAAGAGACCAAAAUCCCACUCACCACCAGUUCCGGGAUUCAUGGCCCCCCAAUUUCAGAAUGGGUCAUUCUGAACUGGCUUGUUGCCUCCCGGAACUAUGCUAUCAUCCACGAAGCCCAGAAGGCUCACAAGUGGGAGCGAGAUUUCCCAUGGAUGCAGAAAAGCUUCGACCAGGUCGGCAAAAAAGUCGGCAUUCUUGGCUACGGAAGCAUCGGAAGACAAAUUGCACGCGUCUCCCAGGCUAUGGGCAUGACUGUCCACGCCUAUACGGCUUCGCCCCGCCCAACACCCGAAUCUCGACACGAUGAUACAUACAUCGUCCCGGGCACUGGAGACCCAGAGGGCCUUAUCCCCGUAUCAUGGCACCACGGUACAGGCAAAGAAGCAGUUCACGAAUUUCUUUCGUUGGGUCUAGAUCACCUUGUUGUCUCUGUUCCGUUGACACCGUCAACAACGCAUCUUCUCGGCGCCGAAGAGUUUGCCAUUCUAUCGAAAAAUAGCAAGAAUCCAUUUCAAAGGCCCUACGUGACUAAUAUCGCCAGGGGCAAGGUCUUGAAACAGGAUGCAUUGAUUGAAGCCUUGAACUCAGGUGUGUUGAGUGGUGCCGCGCUUGAUGUUACGGAUCCGGAACCUUUGCCGUCUGAUCAUCCGCUUUGGGAUGUGCCGAACGUGCAGAUUAGUCCGCACAUUAGUGGAGCUGGAAAGGAUUAUCUUCCGCGGUCUUUUGAUAUUUUGCAUGUCAAUUUAGAUCGGAUUAAGAGGGGGUUACCUUUGAUUAAUGCUUAUAAGCGGGGCAAUGCAUAA